AUGGAUGUUCAGGAGGUGGCGAUGCGCAACAUUGCUAAUGUCACCUCCAGCAUUGUGAAGCCCAAAAUUACUGGGCACUUUGAUCUGAAACAGAGCAUGAUCCAACUACUACAUGCGAAUUGGCAGUUUAUGGGUCUUCCUCACGAGGAACUACAACAACAUAUCCCGACUUCUUGGAGGUUUUUUCCUUCAGGAAAAACUGUAAAGAUCAGAAGUGAGAUAGUCACCUUCAAACAGAAAUCGGGAGAGUCCUUAUACUCAGCUUGGGAAAGGUUCAAGGGGGUGCUUAGAGACUGUCCUCAUCACAAUGAGACAAAUGAAGUAUUAGCGCACACUUUCAUAGAAGAGCUACAUCCUGAGACAAAAAUUAUGGUGGAUGAUGCAGCGGGAGGUCAAGUGUUGGAGAAAAGCUUCGAUAAGAUAUAUGCAUUAUUGAACAAAUUCUCCAAAACCAAUCCUGAUUGGCAAGGAGAGAUGGGCAGACAUACAGUACAAAAAUCUACAGGGGUUCUCGAGUUAGAUGUCAUCUCUGUAUCAUCAAUGCAGAUUGACACAUUGGCCAACCAAGUCAAUCAGAUGACCUUGGUUAUUAACAAGAAACAAGCCCAGCCAGUGCAACAUGUUCAGAUAUUUUGUGAAGUUUGCAGAGAGUGUCACACGAGUGACUUAUGCCCAGCUAAUCUAGAGUCUGUCUAUUUUAUGGGUGCUCAGAAUCAGUACAGGCCACAAGCUCCUCAACAGAAAUAUAGACCACCACAAGUUGAACAACCUACAAACCUGAUGAGUCACAUUGAGGAGAUGCUAAAAACAUUGAUGGCUGACCAGCAGGCCCAAGCAGCAGUGAUGAUAAAUUUAGAGCGACAAAUGGGGCAACUCGCCAGUUUCCAAAAUACUAGACCAGUUGGAACUCUUCCAAGCGACACUAAGGUUACUCCUAAGGCAUCUAUUAAUGUUGUGUCAUCAAGGAAUAGGAGACAGUUAGAAGAAGUUCCAUCGAAAAAGAGAAAGCAAGUGACCUUUCAUGAGAAAUCGGCCACCAUAGAAGUAGAAUCAGAAAAAUUAAAGGAGUCAAAGAAGCCAGCUGAAGAGGCGGUGUCUAAGCAACCACCACCAUUAGUUGCAAGGCCACCACCUCUGUUCCCUCAGAGAUUGCAGAAAGUGAAGGAUAAUUCCGCUUAUAAAAAGUUUCUUGAUAUUUUGAAGCAGGUGCAAAUCAAUAUUCCACUGGUAUACAUCCUGCAAAAAGUGCCCAAAUAUGCCAAAUACAUCAAGGACAUAGAGGCAAUAAGAGGAGGUUGA